GAAGGAAGUAUCUUGGAAAAAUUUUUUAUUUCAUUUCACGGAUACCUUUUCAAAUGGAUCUUAUAUAAUUUGGAUAUUCUAUUCUUGCUCUAUGACUAACAUAUCCAUAGUAGAAAUGUAAAAAAAGAGAAAAUGGAAAUAGUAAAAUUUUGAAAAGAGCGAUCAUAGUGCAUCUGUAGUAUAUGAGCGCGUGUGAGUGGCGCCUCUGACGGCGAACGCGAAAGAUAAUGGCGCGGCGGCGACGGCCAUGUUUAACAAUCUCCCUUGUGUGUUUAGUAUGCUGCAGUCGGUGUAUCGGCGCGCCGAGACGAGACGGACGGGACGAGACGAGCGACGGCAGCGACGAGGAGGUGGAGGAAGAGGCGGUGGAAGUCGGUGUGUGCGCUCAUGACGGAGACCUCGUGCGUACCACUCAGUCGCGUCGUCGAGCGGAGCCGAGUCGAGUCGUGUUACGGCCGCAAUCGUGGUUGUUCUUCGCAACAGUUUGCCCCGUGACGACGUCAGUAUCUGUGCGCGAAGACAAAAACGUCCGCCAGUAGAAGAAUUUGAAACAGUUUGAAGUCGAAGUGUAACGUCGCGGUGAGACUCUGAAUUUGAUUUUCUCCCUUUGCUGCAUCAAUUAACUUUUUUUUUUACCGUACCGAUAGUUUUAAACGUGCAACCAAAGCGCUACUCUCGUUCGACCUCUCUCGCCCUCCGCGAGUUAUAUAUCCGAUCUACGUGCGCUAGCCCUCCCUACUCUCUUUUUCUUCAUGUGUAUUUUGCUCUCUCCUCUGUCUGUCUGUCUUGCUCACGCGUUAUCCCUCCCCGUUGGUGUCUCACUCGUUCUCGCUGGCUCUCCGGGCAGCGAUUUCAAGAAUGUGACAGUGCGCGUCCUCGCGGUCGCCUCGCGCGAAUAAGCCCGCAGGCCGGCGACGGCGAUGGGUGACGAGCGACAAGUGUUACGGUGAACAGUGUGAGCAACAGUGAAGAAGUAGACGGGAGAGAAAGACGGACGAUGCAAGCGGAAAAUGUCACUCGGUGAUACGCGUAUACGGAUGACGGGGAGUGAUCGACGCGACAAUCUCGGAUUUGAGGUUAAAGUGUCGUCGUCGUCGUCGUUGUUGUUAUGUGGUGCCGGUGCGCCGGCAUUGGCGACGGCACGGGCAAAGGAGUAUCAAGAAAGAAAACGACACUAUCGUAUUCUACAGGGCCUAGCCGCCCGAGAUUCGAGGGACAUUGAUCAACCGUCCUGGUCUAACGUUACCAGACUCGUCUCAUAAGAGAAACGUAAACGACCAGAGAAAAAAGUCAGAGAGAGAGAGAGAGAGAGAGAGAUUCGCAGCGAUAGAAAACAAUUUUUCGUAAGGCGAAUCGCGCCGAUGUACGUAUUAUAUACGUGCGCGUGUGUGUGUUUGUGGUUGUGUGCCGGGUCGCGAGGUUAAGACACCACAUCGCUGUCGAUAUACAACAUCGUGGAAAGUCAAGAACCGGUGUCGUGUGUGCGCGCGCGACCGAUUCGUGCUCUGCUACAGCCAACGGAUAAGAAGUGUAUCAUGAUACUAAUAGUGCGCGUCCGUAACCCCGCUGGCGACCGUUGCACCGUGUACGUCUCUUAGGACAACGAAAGCUGACAACGUCCGCGAACUGUCGAGACUGCACAGGAAACCCUCGUGCCUUUUUUUCGCUUCUAUACCGUACGUCACGUUCUUUCGUCGUUGAACAAAUUAUCGAGUAUUUUUUGUCUAUCGAGAGCGAUAAUACGAUUUUAGCACCAAAACACGACACGCAGGUUUUCUCUGGUGCCCUCGCUAAAGUGUCAUUUACUAGCGAACAACGUAAAUAACGUGGUGUAACAUUCGAGUAACGAAACAAUAACAACGGGCCGUGCAUAACAGAAUCGUUCGAAGGAGAGUAUCGCGAGAAUGAAGUGGCGCUUCAGCUGAUCGAGAUCGUCGCAACGAAUUGGCGUGUGCUCUCGCGUACAUGUAAACGGAUCGCGCGCGCGCACGCUGUUCGCGUCACCAAUCAGCCGGCCAGUUUGUGUAUACAUACCGUGGCACAUAGGUAAAUGAGAGUUCAAGGUCGGUAAACGGUAUUCGACCUAACCUCGUUUACUGGUUCGAAAAAGUUAUCGACACGAAGAGGAAGAGGCUGAAGCUACUAUCCUUCGUUAUUCUACUUCGACCUACCUUGUUGCUUGCCACGCGCUAUUCUCGAUUGAUAAUAUUAAUUUUUUCUCUUCGAGUAGAGAAAAGUGACGCACGUUAGGCCGUUGGAAAGCAGAUUUACCGCGCAAGAGAACGUUGCUGUUCGUGUCACAGGGGACUGUCACACUAUUUCGGGACCGUGAUCCAAAGUGCAUCAAAUCCGCAGAGAGCGUAAAUAAAUAUACGCGCGUGUGCUGGCCCCGUCGGAAGUUUCUCGCUGGGGACCGUCCUCGUUCGUCUGUAAUCGUAUGUGCGUCGACAGAAGAAGGCGGCGGUGUUUGUUUUUUUCUUGACAGAGUGUAUAACCGCCGGUGUAUAUACUUCUCGUGUUCCGUUUUUUCGUCGUAGUCGUCACGUUGGCGAAAGAGGAGCGGCAACGCGGGGGGAGCUCGGCAAACGCGAAAGGGAAAGAAACGAGGCGGCGCGGGUAGAGGAAACAGUGGAGGAAGAGGAACGAGAGGAGGGGGCGUCGGAGGAGGUGGAGGAGGAGGUGGUAGUGGUGGUGGUGGAGGAGGAGGAGGAGGGGAGGAGGAAAGUGGCGUGUCCAGUGCGCGGUGGUGUGACGGUGUCGCGUCGGGCACCGAUUCCAAAUAUUUCUCAUUUUCCGCGCGGCUACGUUGAAAAGUACUGGCCCCCAAAUGCGCGUACCGCAAAUCCUGUUUCAUGUUCAUGUUCUGGAGCAAACGGACGGCGCUCACUAGACGUCUCCUAAAGGCCAAGGUCCGUGGAGAGCAUGAAACCGAGUGUGAAGCUCAAGAGGAUUCGUCACGUAUUCAUCGCGCAAACAACACGAGCGGCACCGACAACGACACGACGAGCAACGUGACGGCAACGACGGGCCAAACAACCAGAGGAGCGCGUGGAGCGUCGUCAGGAGGUGCAGUCGACGGCGGCGGGGGAGGAGGAGGAGGAGGGGGUGGUGGCGCUGGCGGUGGAGGGGGAGGUGGCGUAGGAGGAGGUAGCCGUAUCUCGUCGAGUAAACUACAUCCAGGUUGCUGCGGUGGUGAUUUGAGCCAGGACGAUGACGAGGAUCCCGUUCGUUUAUUGAGGUGCAAGGAGCUCCUCAAAUCGCUCAAGGAAAACCAACUAGAGAUGUUACUCACCGCCGUGGAAAGCUGUGGCGCCGACCUCGGCUCGUGCGUCCUCGUGCUCCAUCAGCACACCGAGAACGGAAACGAUUCCGAGCAACAGCAACAACAGCAACAAUGUUAUCGUCAUCAUCGUUACCAUCAUCAUCACCACUAUUAUCAUCAUCCUACGCACCAUCACCAUUAUCAUCAUCGACAUCAUCGUACUAGACAUCAUCGUUCCUCGUCGUUGGAGAACGACGACGAUCAAAACUCUGGAUCGGAGGAGUCGUGCGCUUCACCGAUAAGGCCGGAUCGAUGCAGAGUACCUGCACGCGGCUCGCACGACAACGCGCCGAUCGAUCCUCACCUGCUCUGCUGCCAGAUCUGGCGGUGGCCGGAUCUCGCCCACUCGUCGGAGCUCAAGAGACUUCCUGUCUGUCAUUCCGCUAAAGACCCUGAAUACAUAUGCUGCAACCCUUACCACUGGAGCCGGCUCUGCAAACCCGAGUCGCCGCCACCCCCGUACUGCCUUUUCGCCGACAGACUGAGACCCGAAGAUCGUGCGCCCAGCGAAGGGGAUCAACGUCGGUGCAAAAACAGCACACCCCUGCCUCUUCCCGGCUCCCUUACCACCAACGGAGAAGGUGAAACAGGACAAAAGGAAUGGUGUACAUUAGCAUAUUGGGAAUUGGGUGGUAGAGUAGGUCGCCUCUACCCUGUAGAACCUUCAACAGUAAAUGUGUUUGAUUCCCUCCAUGAUGGUGAUGGCCUUUGCUUAUCAACAUUGGCUGAAAAUCAUGUUGCACCGCCCGCGGUCCAAAGAACAAGAAGCAAAAUUGGUCUUGGUUUAAUGCUUAGUCAAGAAGAAGAUGGUGUGUGGGCGUACAACAGAUCUGAGAGCCCAAUCUUUGUGAAUUCACCUACUCUGGAUGACCCGGAGUCUAGAACACUACUUGUCUAUCGCGUGCCUCCAGGCUUUUGUUUGAAUAUCUUUGACCGUACCAAAAUUCUACAGCUUCCAUAUGGCAGCAGUACCACAAGAACGAGCAAUCAGGCUUCAGGCUUUGCCUCUGGUCCUGUUGAUAUCAACUCCGUCCGCAUCAGCUUCGCCAAAGGCUGGGGACCCAAGUACUCAAGACAGGAAGUCACCUCUUGUCCAUGUUGGCUCGAAGUACUCCUAGCACCAUGCAGGUGAUCCCUACAACUCAUUACGAAGGUAUACAGUCUCGUCCGUUUGCGCCUCUUCUUCCUCCUCGUCGUCCUUCGAGAGGACCGAUCUGUGAAACUGACGCAGCAACGACGAAGCUCCGUCCCAAAGGCUGCCAACGGAUACUCAUACGAUGUGGAUCGCCGCCAGCAGUCUUACCAAAGUACUCCUCCAUACAUCCAGGAACAACGUCGUUUUAUUAAAACAGGGAAAAACGAGAAUCAUUUGACAAGAACGUUUUAUAUUCUUGUGCCUACGAACGGAGCAUACACAGUUUAUACGUGGUACUCGAUUAUCAUUAAUUUUAUAACUCGACUAUAUUGUAUCGCAAUAUUCUUCUUGAUCGGUCAAUGAUACUGUUGUACUUUCUUGAUAAUGUUAAAUGAGAUUUUAUAAAAAGUGAGGCGGUGGUUUUCCGCUAGGUCUAGUCAGUGGUAUUUAACGUUUUUAGGCUUGACGCUAAUAUGUCUUGCAUUAAGAAUAACAUAAUAUAAACAAUAUUAACUGAAAUCAGGGAAAGUGCGAGAGUAAAAUUGACGUGUCAAUACAGUCGUUUUUCAUGGUAUUGAUCAUAAGUUUUAAUGUUUGUACUGUCUGGCCAUGUCCUCGUUUAUGAUUAAUCAUUGUACUGCAAGGAAGCAGAAACUUGGGCUUCCGAUAAGGUCUAGUCAAUGGUGUUUGAGAGUAAGAAAAGCUUGUUGAUUGCAUGGAUUUUAAAAUCUAUUUAAAUUAUCAAGAAACGAGAACACUGCCAACAGAAUCAAAGGAAGUACUUAGCGUUUUAUGUUACCUUCAAAAAGACUUUUACUUUAAUAAUGAAAGUAAUAUUAUUUGUAGUAUAAAUUUCCUGCUUUUAGAUUGAAUUUAAUCUAAUACGAGAAAAGGUUUGUUGGUUUGAAAAAUAAUAAGAAUUCACUCGAUUUAGAGAUAUCUUUGUUGGUUCAUUGAUUAUUUAAUUCAAUGACAGAAGUCCCUAACCAGUCAAUAGCGGAAUUAAACAUGUAACUUUUGUAAGAAAGUCACAAAACUUUUCUCAAUAUUUUUCCUUAUUUUUAUAUAUUAUAAGAUGGUAUUUCAGCGUUGAAUUGUAUAAUCUUGUAAUGAAGUCUCAUCGAUAUUCAAAUGUCGUGUACCACGAGUACUGUAGUUGUCUCCGAUCGUCGUUCGGUGCUGUACAUACAUAUAUGUACAUACACUGUGCCUUCCCAGCUUCCUUCGUGGUGCAAUGCACGAGUGAUAGAACGAAUGUGUGUGUGUAUGCGUGCGUGUAUCUAAGGAAAGCGAAAGAAAAUGAGAGAACUCCGCGUGCCAGCUACGUUUCGCACCAAAAUGCCCGAGAGCUUCGUACUGCAGUAAUACGAUACUGUGAUAAAAGUUCGAACCAGGUCUCUUUUUUCCUUCCUUUUUUUUCGGACGCGUUUAUGAAGCACCAACGAUAAACUAAAAAAGCAAUCAAUCUGUUGAAAUGUGUAUAUAUACGCAAAGAGAGACAAAACGUAUGCUUAAUAAACAAUAGUCCAUAGACUCGAAUCUAGAGGAAAUGUUGAAUUUAUAUAAAGAAGUACUGUUUUCUCGUUUAAUUUUGUACAGUCUUGAGAGUAAACAAAAUUAGUGUAAGUGAGUGGAGUUUUACAAAUUUUAUCGUGAAAAAGUCUUCAUUAAGAUCCGCCUCCAAAUCCGAAUGCGUAUAGAGCGUGAAAGAAGAGAACUCAUGUAAUGCAGGUUGAGCGAUUUGCGCAUAACAAAAGUGGAAAAUACAUGACUGUAAGAGAAGGAAGAGUGUGUAGAAAGAUGAUGUUAUGUAUGUGCAUACGAUUUAAUAUGUACCACCAGUCAUACGUAUUCAUUCAUAAGCAUACGCAACACAAGCAUCUAUAAAACACAAUCGACUGAUCGUUUCUUCUUUUCUUUUUUUUUCGAGCCGUUAGUUACUUUCUUUUUCGUACAGCCGUUUUUAUCGGUAUAAAAGCGUAUGUAUCGUGGACAUAUGGAUCGUGAUCUAUUAAGGUACGAUCUUGUGUGACACGUCGAACGAUAAUAUUGUGAUGCGUAUAUUGUCGCUUAAAUGUUAUAUAUUAAUAUGUAUACGUAUGUAUACAGAAAUGUUUAUAGGUAGCUAGCUAUAUCUAUUGCAACGGAGUGAUUCUCUGGCCUGUAUGUGAUGUUAGAAAAUUGGCACUCUUAAGAAUACAUAAUAACGACGUGGUGUCGUUCUUCGAAGUACCGUUAAACAAAGAAAGUGUUAAUCACUUUGGAAGAAACUUUUGUAAACGACCAUAACCAUGGGAAUGUAUUCUUGAUACGCCAUGCGUAUAAUCAUAUCGCGUACAGGCCUAAGAAUCGUCAUGAUGAAAAUUGUAACGGCAAGAGGGAAAUUUUUUGUCGAAAAGUCGUCCAUCUCGGACAGGUACGUUGCUUUUUAUAGUCUUUUUUUUUUUGUCACGGCUCUAACUUGCUGUUAUAGUCGAGGUUGGCUCAUCGCUGGAAUUGAACCAAACGCGUGCGGUCAGUCUGAAAGCGAUUGUUCGAAAUGAUCUUCAAGUAAACACGGAGCGCAAUAACGGUGCUCCAUAUAAUUUGUAUAAAUAUUUUAUUUUCUUUCGUAAAGAUUCGAUUAAAAAUAAGUUUACUUAUUUUGUGAAUUAUAUAACCCCAUUUCGCAAGUCAGGAAAUAAGCAUUCUAUGUUGACAAUUCUUUGCAAAUUUCUUUCGUUAUAAACAGACGACGAACGAUUUGGUCGUUCCUACUCGUUGAUUGUAAUACCAAGACACAGUCGUUCCCACAGCAUUACGUCAGAAAAGGAUGUAUAGUUAACGGUGUACUUAACGAUAUUUUGUAAUUGAACGUACGCAAGUUGAAAUUUUGCUACACUCGGUCAUAAUCGUAGUCUUGUUAAAAUUAGGUGACUAUAUUGUUAAAGAAAAGAUAUACAUCUUAACGAACGAAAUAUUUAUUCAUACUCUUCUCAGAAUAAAUAAAACGAUUAGUUUGUAUAUAAAAAAAAAAGAGGAACACAAAAUGUAACAUCCUUUGAUACCUACAUCUUGCUUUAUUGAAUGAAAAAAAUCGAUCGAUCGUUCGUUAAAAAUAAUUUCAUUUUCACGUCGUUCAUUUAACACUUAUUACUAAUAAUAAUAUAUGUAUAUUGUAAAAGUUGUUUAUUAUAAAUUAUUAUAAAUUUAUUAUAAAUUAACGUCUUGAAUAAGAGAAAAGGUAUUGUAUUGUCGAUAAAAGACCAGUUAAGCCGCGUUUAAACCUAUUUCUCGGAUCAAUUCAUAUAGCAGCAUGGAUAAUAUUCAAGUACAUAUAUACUUUUGAACGUAAUAACAGUGUGAGCGACCUCUGGAGCGAAUGAAGUUUGGAAUAUUUUGACAGUUUCGUAUGGUACGUUACGACGUCUUAAGUAACACCAUGAGCAAUAUUUUUUCCAUUCGUUCUAUCGUUCUGUUUCUGUCAUAUUACGUUCGUUCUGUUCUGUUCUUUCUAUACAUAACAUCUCUUUCGUAUCCAUUUUCGUGGAACCAGUUGGUUAUAUAUUUACGCGAUAAACAUAAUGCAGUUAGUGUCAGUGCUUUGAAAGUUGUGUUUGGUCAUCUAUCAUCGGUAGAACUCGACGAAUGGCGUUCGGCUAAUUUCGUAAGUAUUCUUAUGAAAUUUUGAGGGCACACAACAUAUCUUAUGUUAUUUUCCGGUUUAAUGUGCAAAUUUUAUUAUUUUCACGGCACUCAUUUUCUUAUAAACUAUACCAUUGGUUAAUUCUUCUUAGCUUAAAAAUGUUGGUUACUUCGUCUAGAUAUUUGCAAAUAAUUUGAAUAUAUUUCAUGUAAUUGAAACGCUUCUGGUAAAAAUAUUGAAAAUAUUGGCCAACAAAGACAGCUUAUAUAUACCUAUCAUAAAUACGUUUUAUUUACUACAUAGUUUUAUGUUUAUGGAAGAAAAUGAAGCAGAGAUUCCAUAUUAAUUGCUUGGUUUUCUUUUCUUUCGAAAUAUUUAAGUUAAUUAACGACGUUACCUGUUGCAAUUCUUUAUCGAUUCGUUUCCACAUGGAAUUUUUCUUUUUUCUCGCGGUGAAAACUAACUUAUAAGAGAAAAUUUCGUUCAUAAUUUAUCUCAAACACUCAUAGUUCUAAUUUUAUUAAAUUUCUUUUACAAAUCAUAGCUGUUUAAUUUACUUCGACACUUUCUUACGCAAUAACUUUGAAAUAAAACAAGAGCGUCGUUGUGAUACGUAUCAAAAUCGAAAUGUCUGUCAUUCAAAAGCUCCAAUUUACUAUUUUCGAAUUCUGUGCAAAAUGUGUCAAGUUCCUCGUAGCUUUGUAGUGAACGUAAAGCAAUAUACGGAUCUAAUGAAACAUUUACGAAUAUUUAAUCAACAAGUGAGAUAACGUAUUUUGUUGUGAACCAUAUAAAACUAUAAUAUUUCAGCAUUAACUGCCAUGCUACUUGUAUUCGACCACUUUGUUUCCGAUUUUAAGGGAAUCGAAAUUUUUUGAAACAAGUUUUUGAUAUUUCAAUUAGAUAGUCAGUGCAUUGAAAUAUUCAAAAAAUUUACUCGUAAUGCUGCAGUAAUUAAAACGAAAACGGAGAAAUACUCUACAAGGUAGUUGCAAGUACAAUUAUAAUUAUACAUAUAGCAUGUAACGCUUCUCGAAGAUAUACCUGCAGAGUGGGCCAAAAGUCAUGGUGCAUCGGAAAAAUAGGAUGAACGAAAUUGAGAAAAGAAGAGGAAAUAAGUCGGAAGUGUAGAUUUUUCAAAAUAAACUUUCGUUUCAUAGAGUACUGUAAUUUCAAAAUUCUACUUUCAGACUACUGUACAUACAUUGUAUAUCGUUUGGUAAUGAAUUUUAGAUUGAAGGUUACUAUAAAACAGUGAUUUUUAAAUUUUACUUUGAAGCUUUUGUACUUAUCAAUUUUGAUUUAAAAAUUAUUUGAAAAGGAUAGACCAUAAUUUGUAAUAUUUUCUAAUCGACACUCUAAAUUAUUAUCGAUGUUAGCUUUUCCAUACUCUUAAAUUUCUUUUAACCGGUUUUAUUUUAAAAUUAUAUUACAAGUUACUCGAUAAUCAAAUUUAUUUAAUAAUAUGUUUUUUAACGUAAUUUAUCGAACGCCGUGAUUUAUCGUUAAUGCUAUAUUUUCUGUCGUUAAAUAAUUUCUGUAAUGCUUUCUCUGAAUCAAGAAUAAACUAUUAUACAAAGAGAAUAUUUUCUUCGGAAUAAGAAGAUUAUCCUGUUCUUUGCUGCACCAGGAUUUUCAAAUAUAUUCUCUGUACUCGAAGAGGUGGAAGUUGUUGAUUUCUCCGCAGGAAUUGUCUGUGAAACAUAGUGCCUUUCUAGCCACUUAGAGCGAGAGACGAUUAACAAUGUAGCACGCAUAGUGCAAACGAUCAUUAUUAAAAGCACCUUACGCUUUGUCGACCAUAUUGCAAGAUCUAAUGAUAAACAUUGAAUGUCGCUGUUCACUCUUUGCUUCGCGAAUAAUUUUCACGCAAGGCAAAGUACUUGUUCUUUGUCUUCCUGCUUAUGGUUUAAAAACUGUAAAAUCGCGCCGAGGAUCGAGCAAAGCGAAUGUGUUCGAAAAAAGGGAAUCAUAUUAGAUAAAUUUAAAGUACGAUCAUCUAAUAGGGUUUUGUCGAGAUUUACAGGCAAUCAGCUCUAAUAGAAUUCUCAAAGUCUCAAGUCACCUUAGAAUUAAGUCUCCUUAAGAAUUCUUAAGUCUCAAGACUUAAAGAACUUUGAUAAUGAUACUUUUUGAAUAACAAUUAAACCAGAGGUUUUUAAACCACACUGUUCAAAAUGAUUGAAAAGUACAUGAUUCUAACAAAUAACGUUCAAUUCCUUAAAACUUAUUUCAAUAAACUUGAAUGAAGAAUAUAUAAGAUGGAACUAUAUAUAUAUAUAUAUAUUCUGAAUGUAUAUGUUGUAGCAAAUGACGUUAUAUACAUACAUAUAUAGAAGAGACUAAUGCAUUGAAUAUUUGAUAUAACUUUUCGACAUGUAUAUAGCAUAUUUAGUUUAGAUGUGCAGUGUGUAUAUAGCAUUAUUUCUAUAGCUAUUGAGAUUGCACAAAAAUUGUUCAUAUAACGAGCAAAUGUGAAGGAUAAAAGAUAUCAUUCACACUUGAAAUCGUGAUAAACACGGUAAAGUUAAUAAAGAUAUUCGAUGAAUUAUUGUUCAAACAUACACUUCAUAUGCAUCUUAAAAUAAAUAAAAUUAAUAAAUUAGCGAUAAUAUAUAAUUAUAAAUAUAGAGAUGUAUAUCUACAAAAGACACGUAUGUCGAUGGUGAAAUUUUUAUACCUAACAAUUUCAAUAAAAAAAUUCAGAAAUUAAUCGAUCAAAUCAAAACAAAUUCGAUAUUUCAAUAUCUCAUGAACGAAAAGACUUUCGAAAAUUUUAUCGCUCUUUCAAUAGACGAAGAAUGAAUAGCAUGUAUAACAUAACACGUAACACUUUCUCCAAACUUUUUAAAGAUAGUGUAACUUUUUAAUCCUCUUGAAUAGUGUGUACACACGUAAAUUAUACUUACCGCACGUAGUACUAACAAUAAAAUUUCAAAUGGACUUUGUGCUCUUUCCUUUCUUGAAAAAGCCGACCCUACGAUAAUUCUAGUGCCUUACACGAGAAGUGUUUCAUUUUGAAAAAAGUGAUAGCUGCGUAACGACACUACCGUUGCAACAAUAACGCAAAAUUUCUAUUCGAAUGGUGAAACUAAAAUUAUCUUCACUCGCCAGUUUAAAAUUAACACAUUCUGAGAAAAAUAUUUCCCGAGCUAGUCUGUUGCGUAAAGAGGAUAUAGCUUGUCGAUCGAAUAAAAUAGAAUACAAAUAGCCUGUCUUAAUAAAUUUUCAGGGUUUACAAAAUUGACUUUCCAUUAGCAAUACAAUAGCACAAUUCUAGUCAAUAUACAAUAGUUUUGAGAAUAUGCACAUCCCGUUUAUCAGUAUUAAAACUUCUGGGAGGGGGAAAAAAAACUAUCAGAAAAGCUAUUACACGUGUAACCAACUAAUUUGUAUUUCGUUUAUAUUUCAGCGAAAUAACGAUUCGAACUGCGCAGCAAAAUUUUGUAGAAGUCGGUACAUUUGCAAAAGUUGCAGGAAAAUAAUGAAUUAUGUAUUCUGCUCCAGAAUCUUCUGAUUUUUAUUUCAAUCGGAAAAUUUGUGAAAAUGCCAGACGAGAAACUCUGAGAAGUCUGCUUAAAUGUUUGAAUCUGACUGUCGUGUAAUCGUUUACUGCAUUAAUACUAAUUUAAUUACAUUAAUAAUACGCGUUAAUUAUGCAUAGAGUCAAAUAAUAAAAGGAUUAACGCAAUGGAGAAACUGAUAACGUAAAUGGGAAAAUUGGUCGAUAUAAGGAUCGAGAUAUAUAGAUUGUUAUCAACAUUUUAACAAUAAUUUUUAAAGAUACAGAAUAAUGAUAAUUGCUUAACGAUUUUUCGGAUUAUUUAAUUUUCCAUUUGUCAGCAGAGACGUUUUAGUGCUUAUGAAUGGGAGUGUACAUGCAACUAAUUACGUACUAUGUAUUUAAUACGUAAAUUUAACACAUACUUAGAACGUUUGUAUAUAAGCGGACGCCCAAAAAUGCUUCAUAAAAUCGUAUUUUCUAACGUUGCGAGCGAAGGCAUUAUAGGUUGUGAAGACAAAUUAAAAUAUUUAUUCAGGCUAUAUUCACGCUUUCUGGAUGAACAAUGGCGAACGAUUAUGUUGGCACAGUGUGGUUAAAAGUUAUGGAAAUUAUUAUUUAAUGACGAAAAAAUUUGUAUAAUGAUUAUGAAUGAAGAAAUAAAAGAAAAAUAUGCGAACUUGAAAGGUGAUAGGUCUCCAUUCUAAUGUUUUCAAAAAUUUGUGUGCUUACGAGAAAUACGACCCUUCUUAAGUUAAUUUUAGUUAAACAAUGUGUAAAAAUUAAGAAUGAGGAAUUAGUUCUUAAGCGAGCUUUAGAACGAAUAUGAACGUGAAUUUGAUAAGAAAGAAAGGAGAUUUUGCAAAUAAUUUUGCUUCGCUUUAUCAAACAUUUUUUGCUUCGUGAAUCUCAUUGCGACAAUUAUAUUCUAAUUAAGAUAAGUUGUAUCAUAAAUGAUGUAAAUAAAAGAAACAACAACAGUAGGUCCAAAUAAUUGACUAGCAGUUAAUUUAAAAAAGAAAAACCUUGAAUGGUGAAUAUUUUAAUUCACGAAUUAAAUAGUUUGAACCAAGAUUAUUCAAAAGUAUUUGAAUACAGAAUUUGCAAUUUUUAUAAUACGAAACUUCAAGGUUUUCACUAGAUCAAUCGUUUCGUAGCGCUCCGAUGUAAAAAGCAUGAUGUAUAUAUGUAUUUGUUGUCUGUGUAAAAAAAAGGUAUUUAACAAAUUGUUAAAGAUAACGUAAAAUAUUAUUUAAAAUAAUACUGCAAACUCAUCGAUAUAGGCAAAUGAUAUAGGUGCGUUACAUUUUUAAUGGCAAUAUAAUUAACAUUAUUUUCAAUGAAUCUCCUGAAAUCUGUAAUUUAAUGAGAAGAAAACUCACACCAAGUUUUUCAUUUAGAUGAACGUGGAUCGAGGGUAAUAAGUUACAAAAUGUUGUAUAUUCGAUUCUAUUUGCGAAAUAAAAUUUAACGAAAUUUAUAUAAAUAACAGGUUUAAUUAACGUCGUUGUAACUUUCAUCAUCUUUAUCGCAUAGUUUCUCGGUAUAAUUGUUCAUUCUUGAGUAAACGAUUUCUUAUUAAACAAUUGUACGAUGUAAUUGUAAUUUUUUCAUAUUAAUUAUUUUUCAAACGAAUAGCUAUAUCGUUCCUGAAACCUUUUGAUGAAAUUGAAAAUACACGGUAUAACAAAGUGUUCUUAAUACACUGAAAUUUUAAGUCACGAAACUGCGAACAUUUUACAACUUUCCCUUGAUCGAUAAAAGGAAUCAUUAAAAUGAUAUAUAUAUAUACAUAUAUUGUAUAUACAGCAAACGCGUCUUCAACAUUUAUACAGCGAUCCAAUGUAAAUGUAUAUAAAAGUGCUCUACAAUAUGCUGUACUAUAUAAAAAAGUGAUUUCCUAUAAAGAUAAUCGUGGUAGAAAUAAAUAUUUUUUAAGAAUCAGCGAGCUGUUGAAUUAACGAACUAGCAGAAAACUCAAUAGAAAAAUACGUUUACUGGAUAAAAAUUUGUUUUAUUGUAUUUCUUAUUAUUGUUAAUAAAACGAAUAAUAAUGAAUAUUGAUAAAAUUACGCAAGACCUCAAACUACGAAGACAAAUUAUUUAUAUGAUCUUAAAAUUAAAAUGAAGAUUUUCGAUCUUUCGAACAGUACAGAGAAGAAAAUUUAAUCUACUUAUAAGAAAUCACUUCUUUUUCACUUAUACCACUUAUUUUGGAAUAUACCGUAUGUAGACGUACGAUUGCGCCAAUAACGAUACUAGCAAUGUUAUUAUUACUAUUAUUAUGAUUAUUAAUAAUGGUACAAUAAUACCGAAUAUGAAUAAAAGGGUUUGUAACGAGAAUUAUAAUUAAUAGGUGUAAUAAAGAGUAAUAGAAAUAUUGACUAAGAGCGGCAUUGUAAAGAAGAACAACGGUAUUAUUAGUCGUCUGUUUGAGAGCUCGUAAUGCUAUUUUCAAUAUAACUGUAUUCAAUAAUAAUAGGCAGAGUAAUGAUACUUAUGGCGAUGAUUAUGUAUACAGAGAACUGCAACAGAGUUCUCGCCUUUCAUUUUUACGAAAGAAAGAAAUAUAUGAAGCUGCAAAUUU